AUGGCAAACUCUACAGCAAGUAAAGAUGGAGCUCAGGAGGAGAGUGGGUUUUCGUUAACCAAGGCGGUAGAGGACGUCAGCCAGCACGGCUUUGCCCAAACGGAGGCCCUGAGAGAGAAACAGAAGAUACUCAUCUCCCUGCAGGCAACUCUGUCAGAUAUUGAGAAGAAAAAUGAGCUGGCAGAGCGAGAGCUGAGAUCUAACGUUCGGGGUCUGCUCAUGCUGGAGGGCGAGGUGGAGCACCUGGAGCAGCAGACAGAAGUCCUGCUUGAUCGCUGUGCAUCCACCUGCAAGGAAAACACAGAACUCCAGAUUGGUAUAAACGAGGAGGAGGAGAGCGCUCGCGUGGCGUUGGAAAGGUUCAACACUUACCGAAAAAAAAUGGAGGGUCAUAGGGCAGCCGUUUUGCAUGCGGCCAGCCAGAUGGAGGCUCACAAAGACCUGGAGGAGAAGAGAAAACUGGUCAGGAUGCUGAGACAGAAGAAAGAGGAGCUGAAGGAAGAUUUGGAGAAUCCAAAUGGGAAUAUGGUGCAGAUGGCAAAGAGUGAGAUCGAGGCUCUGAAGGGGGAGAUCUCUGUGAUGAGGGAGACUGUGGUUCACAGGAGAGAGCGACUGCAAGAGGAGUUUGGGACUCACACCCAGAUUAAAAAAGAAAUAGAGAUCCAGAACAAGCGCUAUAAAGCCAUCGUUAAACGCCUCCACUGCCAACUGAGCAAAGUCCAGGCUGCCCACAGGCAGAUGUCUGAGGAGGUGUCUCACCUGGAGAGACGGCUGGCUGAGCUCAGAGGACAGCUGGAGGACUCAGGUCUCAGGUCUCAGGACUCUUCGGCCAGUCGUCAAUAAACUGACGUCUAUGUCACCGUCACUGUCGAUGAAAGUGUCUUAAACAGGAU